CACACGGACAGACUGCUUUCUCGCGAGACUGCUUGUUCGCUGCGGGAGGAGAACCGAGAGAGAGAGAGCGCUAGCGAGAGGGGGGAAGCGGCGGAUACCGGAUUCCGGGCCCGAGAGAUUGGACACCUGCCUGGCUGUGUCUACCUCUCUCAGUGCGCACAUGGACCGCUGCAACCUUCACCCUCUGCCUGCCGCCCUCCUGCUGGUGCUGCUUGUGCUGUGCGGCCUUGUCCCGGGACCGGCCAGCGGCACCCAGAACGCUGGGUUUGUCAAGUCGCCUAUGUCAGAAACUAAACUAACAGGGGAUGCCUUUGAACUUUACUGUGAUGUGGCGGGGAUCCCCACACCGGAGAUCCAAUGGUGGUAUGCUGAAGUCAACCGGGUUGAGUCUUUCAAACAGCUAUGGGACGGUGCACGGAAGCGCCGGGUCUUUAUAAAUACAGCCUAUGGCACAAAUGGGGUGAGUGUGCUGAGAAUAACACGUCUGACACUGGAAGAUUCUGGCACGUAUGAGUGCCGGGCAAGCAACGACGCCCGACGGAAUGACUUGAGACAAAACCCAUCCAUAACUUGGAUCCGAGCCCAGGCCACCGUAAGCGUCUUGCAGAGGCCAUCGAUCAAUGCCAGUGAAGAUGUUUUUAUAAAGCCUGGCCCCAUUGUGUUACAGUGUAACCUCACCCAAAAUGGAAGCCUUGGGUCUGUUAAUGUCACUUACUGGACCAAGAAUGGAGUGGAGAUAGCGGACUCUCGGAAAAAAGAUUCCUCCACCAUGGAACACAAGAUCCUUAAACCUAAAGCUGACGAUUCAGGAGAAUAUUUGUGUGUAUUUACUUUUUCCAAUGGUUCUCCAUCAGUCAAUGCAACCAUUGAAGUAAAAGCUGCUCCAGAAAUCACUGGGCAUAAAAAAAGCGAGAACAAAAAUGAAGGCGAAGAAGCUCUUUUAUAUUGUAAAUGUGUAGGAUAUCCACAUCCUGAGUGGACUUGGUUCAAGUUGAUUGAUGACGUGCCAAAUCCACUAAAUAAUGAGAGUGGACGUAUAACUAUCACCAGCAAAGAAAACAUUACUGAGCUGAAAAUCGUAAAGCUGGACAUCAAUGAGGACCCUGGUGUGUACAUAUGUAAUGCUUCAAAUCAGGUUGGCAACACAACAAGCAGCAUCAUCCUGAGAGUGCGCAGUCACCUGGCUCCGUUGUGGCCCUUCCUUGGCAUUGUAGCAGAAAUUGUCAUCUUGGCGGUUAUCAUUGUUGUGUAUGAGAAGCGCAAAAGACCAGACGAGGUUCCAGAUGAUGAUGAACCAGCUGGACCAAUGAAGAGUAACUCUACAAAUAACCACAAAGAUAAAAAUUUGAGACAAAGAAACACUAGCUAAACAAAUUCUGCAUUCAUGGAUUUGGACAGACCACUACUCAUCCUCCCUCUGAAGAGCUGGCAUUGCUGAAAUCAAAGUUCAGAUUUCUUCAAUAUUCCUAUUUUGUGUGCGUGUGUUUUUUUAAUUUAAAUUACUUUAUGGGACUGAGGGUACAAGACAAUUUUCUUAAAAGCAUGCCUUAUAUAGCCUUUAAGGCGAAUAAAACUGAUGGGGUAUAAUAAGGAGCUUCAACAAUAGAGUGCAUAUGCAGCUUUGUGUGCUGUGGCUUUUUUCUAAGUUCACUUAUAUAUAUAAAGAGAGAAAAUAUAAGCCUUCAAGGGGGAUAGCUGGGGUGUGAGCAGUUAAUGCAUGCAUGGUUGUUUUUUUUUUUGUUUUGUAUAUUUUUGGUCCGUAUUUCUGUAUGUUCUCAGCUCCGCUGAGCAGGGUUUACCAAACCUAUACUGUAAUAAGGCUUAAUGUGUACUAUAGCUGCUAUGUGACCAAUCAAAAAGCCUUUUUGGAAAACCUAGAUGAGAAAGUAGGUGGUCAAUUGAAGCCCUCUCUUCAUGGCCCAGAUUAUUAUUUAUUUUUUAAUCAUUUUAAUGGGGAUUCUGUCUGUCACAGAAGCAUGAUUCCACUGCUACAGAUAUUUUAAGAGUCUGAUGCAAGCCUGCCACUUAGAAAUUGUGUGAAGCAACAUUUUCUUAUUGCACUUGUCUAUAAACUGUGUUUUUCUUGUACUGGAGUACACUACUUUAUUUCUUGAAAUACCCAGUACCUUGCACAAAAUGUUAUGACUGGACAGAAUACUGUAGAAAAGGGCUUAAUUCUCUGCUGUGCGGCUGCUACAGAAAGUGAUAUAUUUGAGUUUAGUGGAAUAUGUGACCAUGCGCAGAACUGCUCCAGUGUAAUGAGGUAAACCAGUUGGCUUGUUGGUGCAUAUAAAUGAUAUGUCCAGUAAUUUAGAAAAUAAUAGACCAAUAUAUACAUAUAUAGGUGGGAUGCUUUAUAAGUGAACAUUGGUUCAAUCUUGUAUAUUAUUAAAUUUUUUUGCACUGUUAUGUCCAAAAUGUACAUUCUAGCAGGCAGAAUUUUUAUAAGUUAUAAUAUAUAUAUAUAUAUAUAUUUUUCUUUUGUUUUGAAGGGGGUUUGUGUUUGGGUUAUUUAAAAAUUUUACAUGGUUCUUUAUAGCAUGGUUCUAUUCUAUGCAACUAGAUGUAAAUGUCAGUAUAUCAGAGCUGUAAUAUCUUCUACUAGGGAAAAAGGGGUGGGGGAAUGUUCUAGUUGCAUGAACCCAUGGAUUGUGCAAUUGAAGUGUAAUGUGUGUGGCAAAAUAACACUUGAUAAAGUGACUAAAACAAA